AGAAAUGACAAUAUAAUCUUCUUCUUUAGAGCUUAAAUUAAACUUGUCGUGUAAUUUGUUUUUUAUGCUUGUUACCGUGCUGAGAUUUUUCUAAGAAUUCUAAUAGAAAUUUUUCAUAUUUUUACUGUAUGGCUGCAGCUAGAGCUUUUUCUAAGUUCAGGAACUGUUUCUUUAUCCAUCUAUUCUUUGGUGGCCGGAAUAUUUGGCAUGAAUAUUCCAUAUACAUGGAAUGAUCAUUACGGCUACAUGUUCAAAUGGGUGGUCAUCUGUGUAGGGGCAUUUUGUGCCAUCAUUUUUGUACUUAUCAUUUCCUAUGCUCGUUACAAGGGUCUUGUUGGAUCUUGAAAUUCAUAAGUUGUGUCCUGUUAGACUCAGCUUUCUUGACCCAAUACAUAUAUGGCAGUUGGAGAUGGCGGAAACAUAGAAACAACUGAUGUUGAUCAUGCAGAUGACAAAUGUCCACCACAGAAUACUUACCAGAAAUUGGAGGGAUCCCAACAAAUGGAGCUGGUUUAAUAGAGUACAGGUGCCACCCAUUUUGGUCCCAGAAAUAUUGCCCUUCACAUGAGUAUGAUAACACGGCCCGAUGCUGCAGUUGUGAGCGUUUGGAGUCUUGGAAUGUAAGAUACGUAUCUCUAGGAGAUGGACGGAGUCCAUGUUUAGAGUGCAUGGAAUCUUCUAUCAUGGAUACUGGUGAUUGCCAACCACUCUACCAUGCCAUUAGAGACUACUAUGAAGGAAUGAACAUGCAACUAGAACAGCAAAUUCCGAUGCUUCUGGUCAAAAGACAAGCCCUUAAUGAAGCUAUUGUAGGCGAGAAAAAUGGCUUCCAUCACAUGCCUGAAACAAGGGGUUUAUGUUUGUCAGAAGAGCAGACAGUUACCAGUAUACUUAAAAGGCCAAGAGUAGGGAACCACCGACUUGUAGGAAUGAGAACACAACAUCAAAAGCUGACUCGAAAGUGUGAAGUCACAGCCAUUCUUGUUCUGUAUGGUCUCCCAAGAUUACUGACAUGUGCGAUUCUUGCUCAUGAGUUAAUGCGUGGGUGGUUACGCCUUAAAGUAGGAUCGACAUUUGAGAAAAUGAUAUUUUUUCUUCUGUCUCUCCAAAAGUCAUAUUCUAGGUAAUUGUUGCUUCUGGAGCUGUGAAGCAUGAGGACCUUGUUGAGCAAGUGAAGAAGUUGUUUACCAAAUUGUCAUCGGAUCCAACCACAACUUCUGAAUUAGUUGCCAAAGGACCAGCAAUUUUUUCAGGAUUUUUUGUGUUAAAAUCCUUUGGUUUUUUAUUUCUCUUAUUUUUUCUUUUUUUCCUUGGAUCUGACAGUGUGUGUUUUGGUUCACUUCUUAUUUUUUGUAUUAAAUGGGGGAGUGGUGAGAGAGAGAGGAGGGUAAUGUUAUUUUGUGGCUUUGUAUAUAAGGUAGUAAUUUUUUGAUUGAGAAUUGUGAAUUCAAUUUUUGAAUAUGUU